AUAGAAUUUUUUUCCUGUUAUGUUGGGAAAUUUAAAAUAAUGUUCUCUUGAAGGUCAGUUGAACUGAGAACCAGAAAAAUUCCUUUAGAUAUACAAACCUCUGAGAUCUAAGGAUAUCCACAAGGGGAUUUAUUUACUUGUCAAGUUUGUCUUUACUAUGUUGGAAGCACUCCUAAAGUUUAUCAGCUAAAGGCAUCGUGAUACACCGUGGGGAAAAAAACCACAGGUUUUGAAGUCUCAUAGGUUUGGUUUUAAAUUCUGGAAAUGUUUGUGGAUGUCAAAAAGAAACUAUAAAGUUUUCAGGAACCAGAAAAUUGCUGAGAUUGGCAACGUUUUAGGUCAGAAUGUUGCCGAGAAACAGUAGCCAUGGAGAAGACAACUGUGAUUCGAGUUCAUGCUAGUAGGUUAGUUCAUCCUCAGAAGUGGUGGUAGCAGUAGAGCUGAUAAAUGUGAAAGAAGAAAUGGAAGGAGGAAACAUAUCUGAGUAGACCAGUUAGGCCUGUAACAUUGAAUAUGAACAUGGCUAUGCCUUCCUGGUUCGAUAUUACUGGGCUUUCACCAGAAUCACAGGAGGAUGAACCUGGAAUUAAACAGGCAGCAGAAAAUGUAAAAGCUUUGAUAGAGCAAGAGAUGAAGAAUGGCAUUCCUUCUAACAGAAUUAUUUUGGGAGGAUUUUCUCAGGGAGGAGCUUUAUCUUUAUACACUGCUCUUACCACACAGCAGAAACUGGCAGGAGUCACUGCCCUCAGUUGCUGGCUUCCACUACGGGCUUCAUUUCCACAGGGUCCUAUCAGUGGCGUUAAUAGAGAUAUUGCUAUUCUUCAGUGCCAUGGAGAUUGCGACCCUUUAGUUCCCCUAAUGAUUGCUUCUCUUACUUCUGAAAAGCUAAAAAUGUUAGUAAACCCAGCCAAUGUAACCUUCAAAACCUACCAAGGCAUGAUGCACAGCUCAUGUCAGCAGGAAAUGAUGGAUAUCAAGCAAUUCAUUGAUAAACUUCUACCUCCAAUUGAUUGACGUCACUAAGAGGCCUUGUGUCGAAGUACACACCAGCAUCGUUGUAGUAGUGUAGAAACCUUUUCCUGUGCCCAAUCUUGAAACUUCGGAAGUUUGCAGUGUUAAAAUGUUUUGCGAAUACGCACCGAUAACACAGACUACGUAAUAAUAUCCCCUUGUGGGAAAUAAUGGUCUUUUAAGUUUCUAUACGUGUAUUUGUAUGAUUCAGAAUAUACUAGUAUUAAAAUAGGUGAAGCAGCUGACUUUUUCCCAAAUGUAAUUCAGCAAAAUAAUAAAAUACUGUAACCAGA